GAUGUGAGGGCAUUAAGAAGCCAUAUAAGCAUGAUCAAAGACUGCAGCAGAGUGAGGCGUAGGGAUAUUUACCCGAAGAAAUAAUCAAGAAGAUUUCGUGUGUUUUCUUACUCCCUCUAUUGACAACUCUUUUGGUUGUCUCGUGCUUCAUGGUGUCCUGAGUGAUUUUGAACGAUAAUGCUUGAAUUUCUCUCAAUUGCUCCGAGUGACCACAAGGGAGAGAAACAGUGAUAACUGGCACCAUGUCAACCAAAGAUCGCACCGAAUCAUCAGAUAAGGGCCCUUUGGCCAAGUCCACGGCCAAUUCGGGGUCGACAAAUGCUGGAAAUCCAACGACAAAACCAGCAAUUCCCUAUGAAGCCCAUCAAUAUGUAGGUCCUUACCGAUUAGAGAAGACAUUGGGUAAAGGUCAAACUGGCUUAGUCAAAUUGGGUACACAUUGUGUGUUAGGGAAGAAAGUAGCCAUUAAAAUCAUUAACAAGGAUAAAUUGACUGAAUCUGUUCUUCAAAAAGUGGAGCGGGAAAUCGCCAUCAUGAAGUUGAUUGAGCAUCCUCAUGUUUUGGGUUUACAUGAUGUGUAUGAAAACCGAAAAUACUUAUAUUUGGUGCUGGAACACGUUCCUGGAGGAGAGUUGUUUGACUAUCUAGUAAAAAAAGGCCGACUCACUCCCAAGGAAGCAAGAAGAUUUUUUAGACAAAUUAUAUCUGCCUUGGACUUUUGUCAUAGCCAUUCAAUUUGUCAUCGUGACCUAAAGCCUGAAAAUUUGCUUUUGGACGAUAAGAAUAACAUCAAAGUGGCCGACUUUGGGAUGGCCUCUCUACAACCGAUGGGCUCCAUGUUGGAAACAAGUUGUGGAUCGCCUCAUUACGCCUGUCCUGAAGUUAUUCGUGGAGAAAAAUACGACGGCCGCCGAGCUGAUGUUUGGUCGUGUGGCGUAAUUCUAUACGCUCUUUUGGUUGGAGCGCUGCCUUUUGACGACGACAAUUUGCGUCAAUUGUUGGAAAAAGUGAAACGAGGCCAGUUCCACAUUCCACAUUUUGUACCACCGGACUGUCAAAAUUUAUUGCGGGGAAUGAUCGAAAUCAAUCCCGAAAAACGGUUAACGCUGAAAGAUGUCAAUCGACACCCUUGGGCAUGUGCUGGAGGCAAGGGCGAGCUCGAACUUGAAGCUCCAAUGAUGGAGGUUGUCCAAACUCAUAUUAUUCCAGCCCGAGAUACUAUAGAUGAGGACGUGCUAAGGGCAAUAACUUCCUUGGGUUGUUUCAAGGAUAAGGAUAAACUUGUAGAAUGUUUGUUGGAACCCAAUCAUAAUACCGAGAAAGUUAUAUAUUUUCUACUCCUGGAUCGAAAAAAACGACGCCCAUCGUAUGAAGAUGAGUCCGACGUCGUCGUGCGGAACAGAUGUGGGUCCCAAGAUCCUCCCAAGAAAAGAAUAGACUCAUAUAGCUGGAAAAACGGUUUUGCUUACUCGCAACUCAGUAGGGGCUCACCAAUGACACCGCGACGCCAACUCUAUAGUCCAUGUCCAAGGCGUAAAGAAAUCGAUACCCUAUCAGGAGUUGGAAUUAGAUCAGUGGGGUCUCGGCGUCGACAAUUCAGCGCAUCGCCCACCCACAACAACAAUACUCAGCAUGUUUCCACAUCCCCAUUACCGUCUCCCAAGUUGCAAAGACAGUCGUCGCCUCGAUUAGCUCCCUCAUCUCAAAUGAAGGAUCCUGCUCAACAUGCCCUGGACACUUCUGCACCGUUAACGGGCGCAUCUCCUCAUAGCAACCACGAUACGGAUCAGCUUUUGCCGACACCGCCUGGAUCGCCCUCAACAGCUCAUUGGAGGAGCAGGUUAAACUCGAUCAAAAAUAACUUAUUGGGGUCCCCAAGAUUUCAUAGGCGCAAAAUGCAAGGGUUCGAGGAAUCUGUCACACCAACGCCCGAGUCUUCGCCUGAAUUAACCAAACGGUCUUGGUUUGGAAGUCUCAUUUCCACUGACAAAGAUGAGACCUACACCAUUAUUGUCAAGGGAAAAUCGUUGGCACAAAUCAAGGCGGAUUUGAUUCAUGCAUUCCUUUCGAUCACUGAUCUUCAACAUAACGUGAUUUCUCCGCUGUCAUUUCAUUUGGAGUACAAGCGCGGCAGUACUGCUCCAACCAUGUUCCAAAGACAAGUGAAGAUGCAAGUUGAUAUGAGCCACGUUAGCUCGAUUGAUCGAGGACCAGAGGCAUUAUUCGCCAUCACAUUUACUUUAAUUUCUGGAAAUAUUCGGCGCUUCCGUAGAAUUUGCGAACACACUCAAAGUGUAGUGUCCGUUGUUCGCCGUCCACCUCCUCAUUCUCCAAGAGCUCAGCGUAAAGCUACCUCUAAGUCUACUUCGAAAUCGUCCUCUAAUGCUGAUAUAAGUGAAAGUUCAUCGUGCAAUUCAGAAAUGUCUGAGAGGCUUUGUGAAAAGCCACAACCACACAACCAAGGGAGUUCUUUCGCUCCAACUCGACAAGGACAUCGGCAGAUACCCAAUGUUAAUGGAAACGAAAUGUCACGACCUUCAUCAAGGGCUUCCGAAAAGUCUAAUGGAACGUGCAAUCAAGAAUCUAUGGAAGCUAACGAAAACACGCUUAAUGUUCGGAAGAAGUCCACCGAUCAUUGCAAAUCCGAUGUGCUUUUGUCCCGUGUGGUCGUUUCCUCGACCCCUCCGAUUCUCCCUGUUGGUUCCAACGAGGUUGAAGACAACACGAACUCCAAGGAUUCCAAGGGCAUCAUCAUCCAUCGAUUUGGUCCGGAACCUUCCAAGCGCCCUCCGCUAGCAGAUGAGUCCAUAUUCCAUCCAGUCAAUUCUCUACUUUCAUCGUUCGGGGAGGAGAGAAAAGCACAUUCCUCGCCGUCUUCGACUUCGCCGCCCGGGUCCCACCCGGCCCAAACGGCCUUUCCGGUACACCUGCCUCACCCGGCACAGCCAGCGGUGCCCCCGUCAUCGACGUCGUCGUCAUCGUCGUCCAAAGCGGAUGAUUCGAAUUCUCGAGUUUGAUGACAGUCCGGCCUAAGGGCCGGCUUUUGCAAUUCUCAGUGGAACGUUUGGAUGUUUCGGAAGCCUACAUCGUUUUUAUCUUCAUAAAGAUAUCAUCAGAUUUUCGAUUCUCAUCCUUCUUAACUGCUAUUUCCCAAGCGUCCAAAUCAUUUUCCGUUUUCAAUUGCCAGACAUCAUUCUGAUCAAGCAAUGCUUAUUUCAGCUUUCAAAGUAGGUGUGUUGAGGCUACUUCUGUGAUAGUGUCAAUUCAGGUUCCGCGGGAUUGCUUUCAUUAUCUCUUGAUCGAAAUAUGAAUUUGUUCCGAGUACUUUGUUGUACUCGCAUAGUAGCGAAAAAACGAUUAGUCUAGUUCUUGCCUUGCUGGGACAAAAAUAAUUAUGGAGUUGGAUUCAAACUACAGCACUUCCUUACCUUUGUUCUCCCAUCAGCCUUGAAACACUUUUUAAAACAAGAUUCUGGAAUGUUACGCCGUAUAAAUUGUACUACUAAUUGUUACAUACUUCCUGAAAUAUAGUCAUGCUGAAUAAUCAAAAGGAAGAAAUCUUGUUCAAUGACAGGAAACAGCUAGUUCGACAAAGCCGUAAGACUUCUUUUGCGGACUUCCUUAACGCUACUGGGAAUGUGAUCCCCAGCAGUUAAAGACUAAAACAUAACCAUUUAUUCAACUUCAUACAAUAUUUGAUCCACCAACGAUGUCACUGGUAAAACAUA